AUGAGAAAAAGGCCCCGUGAUACUCAAAUUGUUAAAAGCCCUAUAUGGCCUAAAAACAUUAACAAUAUUAAAGAAUUUGCGGAAUUUCUGAGCGCAGGAUCUCGCCUUGUUGUGGUGAACUUUACAGCAAAAUGGUGUGGGCCUUGCAAAAUUGUUCGUCCUUUUCUUCAUGAAUUGGCUGUUCGAUACGAAAAUGUUCUAUUCUGUAUCGUUGAUGUAGACUUGGCAGAAGAUGUAGCUGUCCUCUGCAAUAUUGUUGUUGUGCCAACAUUUCAGUUCUUCAUAAAAGGAGACAAGAUUUUUGAAGUAACUGGGGCUAAUAAGAAGAAGCUUGAAGAGAAGAUUGAAGAAUUUAUGUAAUCUUGAAGAAAAGACCACUGCAAUUCCAAAGCACUGUGAUAUUGCCUUCAAAUGACAGUAAAAUAAUUCCUCCAUGG